AUGUCAUCUUCUUCUUCAUCGGGUUCGACGGACACCAUGGAAGCCGUAAAUUUUUUUAUAAACAAGGUGGUAGAGGCGACACAAAUAAUUUUGGAAGAAGAAGAGGAGGAGGAGGUUUCGUCACAACCACGAAACAGGAACCCACACAUCGAGCGAGACCGAGAAAGUGUUAACCAAAGAUUAAUCGUUGAUUACUUUGCCGACGAGCCGCUGUACUCGGAGGCUAUUUUUAGACGUCGUUUCAGAAUGAGUCGUCGACUUUUCUUACGUAUCGCCGACGAUUUAGCUGCUUAUCACCCGUUUUUUACCAUUCGACCCGAUGCUAGAGGCAAAAUGGGCUUCACCACCUUACACCGCUGCACUGCGGCGAUUCGUCAACUUGCUUAUGGGACGACAGCCGAUUCUUGGGACGAAUACUUAAAGAUGUCCGAUAGAACUGCUAGAGAAUGGGUCGAUCCUGAUACGAGUUUUACAGUUUCGGGCGUGGAGUACAGACGCGGGUAUUAUCUUGCCGAUGGAAUAUACCCACAAUACUCAACAAUAGUUAAAACGGUUAGGCAUCCCGCGGAUGAAAAAAGAAAGAAAUUUGCCAAGUUUCAAGAAGCGGCUAGAAAAGAUAUUGAACGGUGUUUUGGGGUUCUCCAACAAAGAUGGCAUAUUAUUGAAAACCCAGCACGCGCUUUUACACCCAAAACGUUGCGAUACUGUAUGUAUGCUUGUAUUCUGCUGCAUAACAUGAUCCUCGAAGACGAAGGACAUGCAAUUUGUGAGUAUGACGAGAACGCGGUGGAGGAGAAUAAUGUUCCGGUUAGCGGAGAACAACAUUUGAACAGACGAGAUAGAAGAAAGGUUAACGGGUUGACCUAG